ACUCUCUUUUAAUCUUGUUUCAUUUUGUGCUAAUAAAUGUUUAGCCAUCUUUUUCUACUUUCUGUGUUGGGGAUCACUGAAUUCACUUGCAACAAUAAUAAUAAUAUAUACUCAGUGUAGUCCCACAAGUGGGGUUUGUGGAUGGUGGUGUGUAUGUGGACCUUACUUCUAUACCUUGUGAAGGCAGAUCAGAGAGAUUGUUUUCGAAAGACAAUUACUGAAUUCAUUUGUAGUUCCAAACUUAUUUCUCUCAGACUUACAGUAGUGCAACUUUUAAGUAGUAAUGAACAGUUGUUAUGCUCCGAUUCGAGUGGCUCUUUGAUUCAUUUUAAAUUUUGCAAGUUGGUUUGGAAUGGUGUUAUGUAUGUAGUAGAGAGAUCGAUGUCCUUUUUGAGAUAAAAGUUGUUAGUUGAGUGACUGUCUGAGAAAUUAACUUGGGAAUAUGUGGAAAGGACUAAAAUCAUGUCAAGGCUGUCAAUUCUGCUAAUUGGAGUAUCCUCUUAUCUCUAUUGCUUGAGAUAACUUUGUCCACCUUUGACUUAGAUUUAGCUUCAGGAGAAGCAACUCCCAAAUUAGUACUGAGGUUGAUGGGCAUGAAGGGCUUGACACUAUACCAUUUGAAGAGUCAUUUGCAGAAGUAUAGACUUGGACAGCUGGCCAAGAAACAAAAUGCAGCAGAGGCAAACAAAGAGAACAGCGGGGACUCCUCUGGACAGUUUGGUUUGCAGUCCUCAGGCCCCAGUACCUCUUCAUUAAGUAUGAACUUUAUGCAAGGAGAAGUCCCAACCACGGAGGCUGUAAUGUGUCACAUUGAAGUUCAGAAAAGAUUACAGGAGCAGCUUCAGGUGCAACAGAAACUGCAAAUGAGAAUAGAAGCACAGGGUAAGUAUUUGCAAGCAAUAUUAGAUAAAGCUCAGAAGAGCCUUCCAGAUAACAUGAACUCUCCUAGUGCACCGGAAGCAACAAGGGCUCAUCUCACUGCUUUCAAUUCACCUCUGUCAAAUUUAAUGGAUUACACGGUACAUGGAGAGAACCGGGACAACAACAUAGAGCAAAAGAAGGAUAUGAAUCUUUAUAAGCUCAAAGAAGAUUCCAUUAAUUUCGAUUUGAACUCCAGAAGUAGCUAUAUAUGACUAUCAAUCAUUGUUCUGUCCACACAAGAUUAUUACAUAGUACAUUAUUUGCUCAAAUUUUUCAUUCAUUGAAGAAACACGAAUUCAAACAUAUUGAAGCUAAUUAAGAAAGCGUUUUA